CGCAUUCAUUACCAUGGUUGGUUAAAUAAAAUAAUAACAAUGAUUUUAGUAUAAAAACGAAAAAAAAUAAUCUUUAAGCAGUAGGUCUACGGAAAUGGGGCGUCUCGCAGCAUUGGGAAUACUAGGUCUACUGGCAUCAACACUAGCUGCGCCGGCUCCUCAAUUGUGCUUGUCGUUGCCUCCAUGCUACCUGCCCCCGCCAUGCCCGCCGCCAUGCCCACCACCAUGCCCAGAGCCAUGCCCCCCACCGUGCCCAGAACCAUGUCCCCCACCCUGCCCGGAGCCAUGUCCUGAGCCAUGCCCUCCUUGCGAUAGACAGCCAACCCCUUGUGGUGAUGGUCCAGUAAAGGUGGACGUGCAGCGAGGUGUACAAAAUGGAGUAUCAGACCGACUUCGUAACUUGGGAUUCCAAAUUGUCCAAGUACCCGGUGGAACCUUCUACGUCAAACCAUCUCCUGAUAUUGUUUUAACUCCACCACCAAUUCUCGUUCGACCUGCACCACUUCGACCCAUCCUACCGCCCCCUAUAACAGUCCAACCCCAACAAUUACGACCUAUCACACCACCACCUAUAGUGGUCCGACCGCAACCACUGCCUCCGAUAAAUCCACCACCAAUAUGUGUCAGACCCAAACCGCUUUGCCCCAUUCAACCUCCUACAAUCAUUGUGAGACCACCACGCCCAGAUCCAAUCCAACCACCCCCAUUGACGAUCCGUCAGCCCCAAUUACCACCAAUAACCCCAACGCCUGUCGUAGUCAGACCUCCUGCACCAGCAAACAUUCAGCCUCCCUCUAUAAUCUUCAGGACCUCAAUCCUAGGAUCAGGCGCUUCUAGCGCAGGAAGUUCAAGUUCGAUAGGAAUCGAUGAAGCUGGUGGGUCUGGAUCGGCCUACAGUGGUGGUUACAGUUAUGGUGAUGAUGGUUACAACCCAUGCGAUCCAUGCGAUCCAUGCGACUCGUGUCCACCCCCUCCAUGCUACGAGCCAACUCCAUGCCCAUGCCAGCCUCUCCCACCAUGCCCUUGCUCUUGCCAAUAAAUUGCCAGUUUAAUGCCAGUAUUACGUUAAUAACAGGAAACACGUUUGCCCAAAUGUACCAAAUAGCUAUAUAAAGGGAUUGUUAAAGUCUACAUCACAAAAGGCGGUAGUUACUGAGAAAAGAGAAAAAUCAGCGAGGACUCCUCUAUGCUUCCCACUGUUGAUUCGCUUAUAGAAGUAAAGUGCGUGAUCUGAUAGGGAAAUGUUUAUUAUCUUAACAGCGAUUACUGGCAUUUAAGAGGCAUCUUUUACCUCUCUAGGCGUCUUUUUUAUUGAUGUUUAAAGUUGGUAAAAAAAAAUUGGUUUUGAUCUCAAAAGGCGCGUUAAUGGACUGUAGAUUAAUAAAUGCCCGUUUGGUAUUUUGAUUGUAUGAAUGUUUGCAAAUAUAGCUUUAUUAUUUAUAUGUGUAUAGUAAAUAAAUAUAUGAAAUGUA